AUGCACUGCACCCGAGUGCAUACGCCAGGAUCGCAACGCAGCCGUAAACCGGACAUCGAAGCGCCUGGACAGCAGCGCCCUGCUGGGGCUAUUUUCCCACGCCUGGCGUUUCGCAGGCGUCUACGCACGGCUCUCCCGUUAGCGCCCGUCGUGCUGUGUCGCGGCUGCGUUGCGGCUGCGUUGGUAGUUAUGGAGACGAACGCCGUCGCUGCAGCUGCCUCCGGUGACGAUGGUCUCUUAGAUCAGUUGCGAGCUCUAGGUCUUGAGGAUCGAAACCUUCGAGCGGUCGCACGGUCGGCUAAAGUCCAGGCGGCACUAACUGAGGCCGUGCAAGUGGCCAAACGUUCAGCGCUGGAGUCGACUGCGGAUCGAUUGCCUGAGGAGCAGGCACUCACGCCGCAGAAAGCCUCGCUGCUUUAUGUGGCUGUGAGCAAGCUCCCGACAAAACUGCGCUGCUUUCGCGAGCUCAUCUUUGAAGCAAUUGGCGACGGGCGCAUCGACAACACGGCCAAGCUCGAAGCGGCGUUCGCUUACCUCGAGGCGCUGCUCGAGUCGGCUCCGGGCACAGCUGCCGAGGGCAAAGUUGACCGCGACGACUUCAAUGCUGCAGUGGGUGCGGGCGUUGUUGUUGACGACAGUACGCUGUCGGCUGCAGUCGACGAAGAAAUUCGGACAAUCAUGGACGACCUGUUGGUGCGGGGCUACAAGUAUCCACUUGGUCCCAUUAUCGCUGGUGUUCAGCGGCGUGUUCGUUUUGUUGAAGGCCGCCGCAUCAAGGAAGCGGUCGAUGCAAAACUCUUUGCGUUGCUGGGCCCACGCUCGUCAGAGGCCGGAGCGGGAUCGCGCGCCUCAACGACCACCAGCAAAGAGGCGGCAGAUCGUCCAUCAGAUGAUCGCUGCAAAACCAACCGACGCAUGCUCAACACCGCGACGUCUGCGAGUUCCGCACCAAAGACGAAAGACGGGCACGCUGGUAUCGGCUCGGGAUCGGCUAUCGAUAACGAAACGGACGCGCAGCUCGCUGAAAAUCCAUUUGCAGCGCUACCAGCCUAUUUCGACGCACGAUCGUUAGACUCCAUGCGGAAUACACCGGAGCUGCUCGCUCUGCAACGUGCAAAUACGGAUGGAUGCUCUGUUGUCACGCGCUUCCCGCCUGAGCCGAACGCACAUCUUCAUUGCGGUCAUACCAAGGCGAUGUUGCUCGACUUUGGUUACGCAAUGCGAAACGGAGGCCGGUGCAUCCUGCGCUUUGACGACACCAACCCCGACACAGAAGAGCAGGCCUUUAUCGAUUCAAUCAUCGAGACAGUGCAGUGGAUGGGUUAUCAACCCUACCAGAUCACGUACUCUUCCGACUACUUCGACCGUCUGCAUGAACUCGCUGUGGAACUCAUUCGACGUGGCAAGGCUUAUGUGUGCCAUCAGCGGCCUGAGGAGAUGGCGCGCGAUCGCGAAGAGAAGCGUCCGUCUCCGUGGCGAAAUCGCUCCGUCGAGGAGAACCUUGACUGCUUCGAGCGGAUGCGUCUUGGACUAUACGAUGAGGGUGCCGCCGUUCUUCGUAUGAAGAUCGACAUGCAGCAUCCGAAUCCUGUCAUGAGAGACCCCGUCGCAUACCGCAUCAAGUACGCAGCGCAUCCGCACGUCGGAGAUCGAUGGUGCAUCUAUCCGUCGUACGACUUUACGCACUGCCUGGUCGACUCGCUGGAGUGGAUUACGCACUCGAUGUGCACGCUGGAAUUCGAGAUACGACGGGACUCGUACUACUGGUUGCUAGAGGCUCUCGACAUGUAUCGGCCGUUCGUUUUUGAAUUCAGUCGUUUGAAUCUUUCACACACGGUUUUGAGCAAGCGCAAACUAACCCAGAUCAUUGAGCGCGGCUUAGUGCGCGGUUGGGAUGAUCCACGCAUGCCGACCCUGAUUGGCAUGAGGCGCCGGGGCUACACGCCAGUCGCCAUUAACCACUUUGUGGCUAGUGUAGGGUUUUCACGGGCGGAGAACAACGUGCAUCUGCGCAAGCUAGAGGCUUGUGUGCGUCAGUAUAUGGAUCAGCAUGCUCCGCGUCGCAUGGUGGUGCUCGAACCGUUGCCCGUGCUGCUGAAGAACUUUGCCCAGGCGCUGUCGGCAGCGGAAGCAGUUACCGUGCAGGUGCCGAACCAUCCCAAACGACCCGAGUUGGGCACGCGUACGCUCGAAUUUACCCCGAUGAUCUACUUGGAGCGAACUGAUUUUCGUUUACAAGAUGCGAAGGACUAUUACGGGCUUGCACCAGGGAAAGCAGCCCUGCUGCGUCACACUGGGUUCGCGAUUCGCGUUCUUGCCGCCUUGACUGCCCAGCAUGCGCCCGCCACAAGUGAUGACCAAGUUCAGUUGCUGCAUGCCGAGAUUCUCACCCAAUUACCGCAACCUCGUCCAAAAGGUGUGUUGCACUGGGUAUCCGAGAAAAGCAUGCCCUGUGAAUGCCGCUUGUACGAGCCCCUGUUCUGCGUGGAAGAUCCGCUUCAAGCCGCUGCCGAGCAGAACCUAUCAGAGCGCGACGGGUGGCUGACCUUCUUCAAUCCCAAGAGCGAGCGCAUUCUGCAACAAGCUCGGUGCGAAUCCGCGGAUGAUUGGCAACCAGGCGCUAUUUUUCAGUUCGAGAGAGUCGGGUUCUAUUGCGUGGACCCGGACUCCCAGCUUGAGGCCUCGCCACCUCACCUCGUUUUCAACAGAACGGUGACUUUGCGCGAGUCGUUUCCCAAGUUUGCAUAA